UCGACGAGAGAAGUAGCCGCACGACCCCUGCUGUAAAGACAGAGCUAUCUGCGUUGUUUCCCCUGCCUUUUGUCUCUGGAACUGAAGACUCAGCGUCAGGCGAGCUGUAUCUCAAAAUGAAACGAGUCUGGGUGGUAGGGCUUCUUUUCGCACUUCUAGCCUUCGCUGCUGUGAAGGCUGAGGAUGAAGUGGACGUGGAAGGCACAGUUGAGGAAGACCUGGGAAAGAGCAGAGAUGGCUCCAGGACAGAUGAUGAGGUGCUGCAGAGGGAGGAGGAGGCCAUCCAGCUGGAUGGUUUGAACGCUGCUCAGAUUAAGGAACUAAGGGAAAAGUCUGAAAAACACGCAUUUCAGGCAGAAGUCAAUCGUAUGAUGAAGCUCAUUAUCAACUCUCUCUACAAGAACAAGGAGAUCUUCCUCAGGGAGUUGAUCUCUAACGCCUCAGAUGCUCUGGAUAAGAUCCGGCUGUUGUCGCUUACAGACGAGGCAGCGUUGGCGGCCAACGAAGAGCUGACCAUCAAAAUAAAAUCUGAUAAAGAAAAGAACAUGCUCCACAUCACUGACACCGGCGUCGGAAUGACCAAAGAGGAGCUGGUGAAGAACCUGGGAACCAUCGCCAAGUCGGGCACCAGCGAGUUCCUCAACAAGAUGACGGAGAUGCAGUCCGAGGGCCAGUCUACGUCAGAGCUGAUUGGCCAGUUCGGCGUGGGUUUCUACUCCGCCUUCCUCGUUGCCGACAAGGUCAUUGUGACGUCCAAGCACAACAACGACACUCAGCACAUCUGGGAGUCGGACUCAAACCAGUUCUCCGUCAUCGAGGACCCCCGUGGAGACACGCUGGGCAGGGGCACAACCAUCACACUGGUCCUGAAGGAGGAGGCCUCAGACUUCCUUGAGCUGGAGACCAUCAAGAAUCUCAUCAAGAAGUAUUCCCAGUUCAUCAACUUCCCCAUCUACCUCUGGGCUAGCAAGACCGAGACGGUUGAGGAGCCCAUCGAGGACGACGCUGAGGCAGAGGAACCAGAGAAGGAGACUCCUGAAGAUGAUGUUGAAGUAGAGGAAGAGGAGGAGGAUAAAGACAAGCCAAAGACGAAGAAGGUUGAGAAGACGGUUUGGGACUGGGAACUGAUGAACGACAUCAAGCCAAUCUGGCAGAGACCAGCCAAGGAGGUGGAGGAGGAUGAAUACAAGGCCUUCUACAAGACCUUCUCAAAGGACAGCGACGACCCCCUGGCUCACAUCCACUUCACGGCUGAGGGAGAGGUGACCUUCAAGUCCAUCCUGUUCGUCCCCACGUCGGCUCCCCGAGGCCUCUUUGACGAGUAUGGCUCCAAGAAGAACGACUACAUCAAGCUGUUUGUCAGGAGAGUUUUCAUCACAGACGACUUCAACGACAUGAUGCCCAAGUACCUAAACUUCAUCAAGGGAGUGGUUGACUCUGAUGAUCUUCCUCUGAAUGUGUCCAGAGAAACUCUACAGCAGCACAAACUGCUCAAGGUCAUCCGCAAGAAGCUGGUCCGUAAGACUUUGGACAUGAUCAAGAAGAUUGCGGACGACCAGUACAACGAGAAGUUCUGGAAGGAGUUUGGCACCAACAUCAAACUGGGCGUCAUCGAGGAUCACUCCAACAGGACCCGCCUGGCCAAGCUGCUCCGCUUCCAGACCUCCAACAGCGAGACCGUCUUGGCCAGCCUGGAGCAGUACGUGGAGCGCAUGAAGGAGAAGCAGGACAAGAUCUACUUCAUGGCUGGUACCACCAGGAAGGAGGCGGAGUCUUCUCCCUUCGUGGAGAGGCUGCUGAAGAAGGGCUACGAGGUUAUUUACCUGACCGAGCCUGUGGACGAGUACUGCAUUCAGGCGCUGCCCGAGUUUGAUGGGAAACGCUUCCAGAACGUGGCCAAAGAGGGUGUCAAGUUUGAGGAAAGUGAGAAGGCCAAAGAGAAGAGGGAGGCCCUGGAGAAGGAGUUUGAGCCACUCACUACUUGGCUGAAGGACAAGGCCCUGAAGGACAAGAUUGAAAAGGCGGUCCUCUCUCAGAGGUUGACCAACUCGCCCUGUGCGCUGGUCGCCAGUCAGUACGGCUGGUCAGGAAACAUGGAGAGGAUCAUGAAGGCACAGGCUUAUCAGACGGGAAAAGACAUUUCCACAAAUUAUUAUGCCAGCCAGAAGAAAACACUAGAAAUCAACCCCAAACAUCCCCUCGUCAAACAGAUGCUCAGCAGAGUCACCUCUGACGCUGAGGACCAGACUGCAUCGGAUCUCGCAGUGGUUCUGUUCGAGACGGCAACACUGCGUUCAGGAUACCAGCUGGCCGACACCAAAGCUUACGGAGACAGAAUAGAGCGCAUGCUCCGACUCAGCAUGAACGUUCCCCUGGACGAACAGGUUGAAGAAGAACCUGAGGAAGAACCAGAGGAGCCAGCAGAGGAAGAUCCUGAAGAUAAAGAAGAAGUUGUAGAUGAUGACGACGAUGAGACGAUAAAGGAUGAACUGUGAAGCACUGAAUGUGAGGAUGUGUGACGGUGGAACUGGAAAUCGGACUUGUUUGUUGUUCCAGUGCCACUGUGGUUAAUGUUAUCCUGGGUGGGGUCCUGGGGACUGGGUUUUUUUUAAGGAGACCAUUGUUUGUGUUUUUGUUUUUUACAUUCCUCAUGACUGUAAAUUUGUUAAUAUUUAACUGAACUGUUUAUGGAAAGAUGCAAUUCCGUCUAUUGAUCAAAUAAAUGUUACCACAAAAAAAAAAA